CAAUCAUUCGGCCAUGUUUUCAUCACACAACCGAACAGUAAACGUCAACGAUUCUCAACACAAAUUUAACAAAAAUAAUCUUACAUUAAAACCAUUUUUUUAUUCUCGCACCAUAAUUAAAUGCACCGAAAAUGAACCGAACUGAGGGUUUAGUCCAAAGAAGGAACGUCAUAAAGGAGAGCAAUUCUGAUGGAGCACUAAAGGAAAACCACGACGAUGAUAAGAAAAGUGAUAAAAGUUAUGAUGACGGUGAUUCAAAGGAAACAAGAUUGACUUUAAUGGAAGAAGUACUGCUUUUAGGUUUAAAGGAUAAAGAGGGUUAUACAUCUUUUUGGAAUGAUUGUAUAUCGAGUGGUUUAAGAGGCUGUAUCUUAAUUGAAUUGGGUUUACGAGGUCGUAUAGAAUUAGAAAGAGCUGGUAUGAGGAGGAAAGGAUUGCUUUCUAGAAAAGUUAUUGUUAAAUCAGAUACACCAACUGGAGAUGUCUUAUUAGAUGAAGCCUUGAAACAUAUGAAAGAAACAGAACCCCCUGAGACUGUGCAAAGCUGGAUUGAAUACCUCAGCGGUGAAACUUGGAAUCCUAUGAAGCUAAAAUAUCAAUUGAAAAAUGUUCGAGAAAGAUUGGCUAAAAAUCUUGUUGAAAAAGGAGUCCUUACAACUGAAAAACAGAAUUUUCUGCUGUUUGACAUGACCACCCACCCCCUUACAGAUAAUGUGGUUAAAUGUCGUUUAGUGAAAAAGGUUCAAGAGGCAGCAUUACGCCGAUCAAUAACGGACGUGGCUCAUGCUGAUAAGCGCUCGCUCGCCCUUUUGAUGCUUGCGCACUCUGCUGAUGUACUCGAGAACGCUUUCGCGCCUCUUUCGGACGAGGACUACGAGUUGGCGACGAGGCGAGUGCGUGCCUUGCUUGACCUCGACUUUGAGGCAGAGGCCAUGAGGCCCGACGCCUGUGAAAUCAUGUGGGCCGUCUUUGCUGCGUUCACCAAAUAGCGGUAACACGUUCCCCUUAGCCGCUAGAAAAAUCAUAAAGUUUUAUUUGAAUAACAAUCAUUUUAGGUGAAAUUUCCUAACCUAGCAAAAUGCCCAACAGAAGAUGGAUAUUUGAAACAAUUACUUAUGUUUGCAAUGAAAUGAUAAAUAUAUUAAAUAUAGUAGUAAAGAAAUUCUAGUACUAACAGAUAUAAUUUUUAAUAUGGUCAGUUGAUAUAAAAUUAACUCAUUCACUAUUUAAUCAGUAUUAAGUUUGGUUUAUUUGUGUAAUUGCAUGGCAGGGAUGUCGUAAUGAGUAUUGUAUUUCCAUUAUGUUGGGUUAAAAAUAAACACCUUCAAAUAUCUUUUUAAUUUAAAACUCUGAACAUAAAAAUUCUUUAUAAAAAAAUUAUUGUGUUAUUUUUAUGUCUUAAGUGUUUUAACUUCUAUUUAAGAACUAAGCUCUUAUUGAUGUGUUUUAAUGAAUUAAAUACGAAGUGUAAAUUUAAAUGGCACAAAAUUAUGACUAAGGUUUUUUUACAUCUCAGGUGCCACUUCUGAUAAUUUUUUUGUAUUAGAAAACUUCCAAAUGGAAUCAUAGUAUUUUGCAUUGCUAAAAAUAUAUCUUAUGACUUACAUGCACAGCAUUACAUAACAAUAUGAGAUGGAUGUAUCAUGUAAAACUUCUGCGAUUUUCACGCAUAAGAUAAUAUUUUAAGUUACGUUUAUGAUCUUUUUGUAUAUGUAUGGCGAUUGAUUUUGUUUAGAUUAUAUUUAUUGAAUUGACGCAUUAUUUGAUACAAAAUUUUGUCUUCUAUAAUCUGAUGCAUUCAAUUUUAAUAUCAAAUAAUUCUAUGUUAGUCGUUCAGUUAGAGUCCUUAUUGACCACAUAUUGAUAUUUUAUUAAUUUUUAAUAGAAUACUUAUAUAGUACUCUUACUACCAAACUAAACGCGUUAACAGGGAUAGAUAGUUAAACGAGCAUUGGUCAACAUAUUGAUUGGUACAUGUUAUAACAUAAAGUUGUUAUUAUUAUAUUAUAUACUUACUUAUAAGAUUCCUUUAAGGAGCCUGAUCUUAAUUUAUUCCCAGUUAUAGAAACAAAUUGAUUCCAUUAGUCAGCGUUCGGAUGGGUGUUUUCGCUUGGUUAGACAUGCAAAAAUAAAUAAACUUAUAUAUUUAUCAUAAUAAAAUUUGAGUUAAACUUCGAAUAUUCACCUUUUAACUUCACCUAGCAACUUUAAAAAGUACUGAAAUUGUUUGAUAAAUUAUUCAUUACAUUUAAUAAAGUAUUGUUAUUACUUAGACCAACAGAACCGACCAACUGGUGCAGAUUGGGACUAGACUAUUUUUCAAACUAAGUUGUGUAAUUUAACAAAAUUAUUACAUUGGUUACUUUUUAUUAACAACAACCUAGCUAGGCAUCUACGUUCAUUCAUUACAAAAACGCUAAUAUUAUAAAUGCGAAAGUUUGUCUCGCUUCUACGGCUAAUCCGCUGGGCCGAUUUUGAUGAAAUUUGGAAUGAGGUUUGACCCUGAGGUCAAUAAUAUGCUACCGCGGGCGGACCUGCAGGUAACAGCUAGUUAAUAAAAUAUCAAAGAGUAGCGACUGGGUUAUUGUUUCUAAAACUGAGAUUUUUGUUACUUUUACUUUAGCCAUAGUUUUGUUUUAUUACUAUUAUUACUUUAGUGCAAUUUAUUCCAUAUCACAAACACAAGUUUAAGAUUUGAAUAAGUGUUAUUGCCCAUGGGCAGUAUUUUUUUUUCUUCUAUAUAAAAAUUGAAACUGAAGUUUUAUCAAGUUCAAUUUAAAUUUGCUUAUACUGAUGAUUUAAUGUACGUAGAUUCAAUGCCUGCCAAUAUAACUGCAACUUUACUAUUUCCAAUUUAAAAUUGUCUGUAAUCUUUUGAAAAAUGUGUUGGGAUAUUUUUUACUGCAUUAUGUUAGUGUUAAAAAUUAGAAUUGUAAAUAGAUUUAUGAACUUACGAAACCGUCAAAGGGGAUGAAAUCAUAAAUUAAGACGUGAUGAAAAAGUGUAAAUUAAGAAAUAAUAUUGUAUCAUAAACUAUAGUAUUGAAAACUACUCAAAUAUAUUCCUUAAAAAUA